UCGGUGACUAUCAUGAGAAGAUUGGAAGCUGGCGCUUGUGGAGAGCUCUUGAAAAAAAGAAGGAAUGGCAAUAAAGAAGGCAACCAACAUUCCCCCCAGUCCAAGAGGAGUAAGAGAAUCCCUGUCUUUCAGGAUUAUCAGGAUGCAGAGCCUUCAAGCAGUAGUAAUGAAAGGAGCAGCAGCAGUGUUAACAGCCCAGAGAGAGCAAGUGGACCAGCAAGCAACGUAAACCAGAUCGUUACCGAACCCAGCGGGAAUAACCCUCAGUUCUGGCAUGAGGAAUAUGCACUGUGCCAAGGUCCUUACUCCCGCAUCAACCAGAUCUUGAAGGAGGCUCACUUCAAUAGCCUACGGCAGCGAGGACAAUCUCCAGCGUAAUGAACUAGGAGCUCCUUAUUCCAACCUAAAAUUUGUUUAUAAAAGCAAG